UUGCCUUACGGUAAUUUUUGUAAACCCAGAAGUGUCAUCGAGAGUUCUGUAUAGGAAUAAUGAUAUAAAUAACUGCUACAUCAAGAAAUAUGACAUUUAACAAGCACUAGAAGCAACCAACGAAUGACCAGCAAAUGCAGCCUUUGGGCAGUGUGACAAUAGUCAUGAUGUGAGAAAAAAUUCAAACUUUCGCCUGAUUAGCAGCGCGUCGCUAGUCAUCCAGUGAAAGACGCAAUAGCUAGCUAGCAAGCUUGCUGGCUUAAAUCCAGCUUUUACUACUGGUGCUAGCUAGGUAUGUUGAUAUCAAGUAGUGUUUGACGUUAUUAGCUGUAAUUGUAAAGAAUUAGGUAAGAUUGGUUGAGUUUGUUCGACAGUAACGUUUACCAGUUUGCCAUUGCUUAAAAUCAGAUGGUAAGAGGACUAGCUUGCUAGUCAACUUUUCAAACUCGGUCUACUAACCUUUUAAGUCCGUUUAAAUGGUCAGAUUCAGCUAAUAAUUAGAUGCCCACGCAUCUACUUGCAACUAAAGAAAACCUUUAUGUACUGCUGAGUUGACUUUUUUUGCCGGCCAAUCGUUUUUUUGAAUCCCAAAAAAUUAAAUACAUUAUGUGGCUGCAACAAAGAUUAAAGGGUCUGCCAGGGUUGCUGUCAAGCAGCUGGGCGAGAAGACUCCUCAUUGGACUGUUAAUUUUUCUAAUCUUCUACUGGUACCUAGGCUCGGAUGGUGCAUUGAGGCUCUUUGGUAGUUCAGCUCAGUCAGGUGGAGUUGCUGGGCAAUGCCUACAGACUGAAAUCCACCGGUGGAAGUCCCUUGUUGAACGAGGGGAAGGAGUUUACAGCACACCUCUGGAGAAAGUAGACACACCAUUUGUAUCAGGUAAUGGCCACAUCCUGGUUGAUAUUGACUCUAAUAAACUCUGGGUAGCCUCAUCCACUCAGCCUGGCUCUGCCCCUGUGCACCAGACGGAGUAUUCCCCAAUAGGGGGCGUUCAUCUUCCUGGCAAGCGAGCAGAGGCCCAAGCUACCAUGUUGUGGUUUCGCAAAGGAGCUGUCCUGUCGGUCCGGUGUCUUUUACCAAGCACCUCGCAGUCCGUCCGUGACUGUGUCACCAUCAGGGAGGAAUUCAUUGCUCAUCGCAGCCGCCCUAACGUGUUCCUGCAGAGGAUCCACGUUAACAACCCUUCAGACCGGACUGCCACCUUGGAAGUUUCCUCUGAAACUCCCGCAUUUGGUAGUAAGUUUUCUGCCAGUGUGGAGAAGAUGGAGGAGAAGGACAUUGUUCUGUCAUCAGGGAGAGUUCUGCUAGAGAAGAAUCGCAUUGUGCUGGUGGUGGUGGCUACCAAGAAGCUGAACAGUAGGAUCCAAGUCCUGGCCAAAUCUGAGUAUUCAGACAAUGUGUUAUCUGUGGUGUGGACCUCAGAACCCAUUGAGUCUUCUAAACUGGAGGAGACCUUCACCAGGUUGAGAGACGGAGUCAAGAAGGAGAUGGGGGAGCUCCUGAGAGCAGAUGUAGAAGAUGUGGUUCAGGACCAUCAGCAGGCUUGGAUGGACCUCUUCAUCUCGGGGGUGGAGAUGAAAAAGAUCACAGACUCGCACACGCCGUCGAGCCACACGGUAAACACCACCCUCUACUACAUCCUGUCGUCCACCACGGCACCCCUGCUGGACCGGAGGCUUGGCGGGGAGGAGCAUGCCCGUCUGGAGUCCAGCCUGAACUACGCUGACCACUGCUUCAGCGGCCACGCCACCAUGCACGCUGAGAACCUGUGGCCAGAGCGCGUCAGCAGCGCGGCACAGAUCCUUCAGCUGGUCACCCUGUGGACACUCACACUCCAGAAGAGGGGUUGCAAGGUUCUGGUAGCGGCUGGUGCACAUGGCUUAAUGCAGGGCAUGGUGCUCAGUUUUGGCGGUCUCCAGUUUACCGAGAACCAUCUGCAAUUCCAAGCAGACCCAGACGUUCUACAUAACAGCUACUCGCUUCGAGGGAUCCAUUAUAACCAGGAUUUGAUCAACUUAGCAGUGUUGCUGGAUGCAGAGGGGAAGCCUUUUCUCCAUGUGUCUGUGAAACCACAGGAGAAGCCUGUGCAGCUGUACGCUUGUGAAGCAGGAUGCAUGAACGAGCCUGUGGAGCUGACAUCAGAAGUCAAAGGUCACACGUUCCCUGUGAUGGUGACACAGCCGAUCACACCACUGCUGUACAUCUCCACAGACCUGCGCCAUUUGCAGGACCUGCGCCACACUUUGCACCUUAAGGCCAUCGUGGCCCAUGAGGAGCACAUGGCAAACAGAUACCCCGGGCUGCCCUUCAUCUUCUGGUUCAGCGUGGCAUCACUCAUCACCCUCUUCCACCUCUUUCUCUUCAAGCUCAUCUACAACGAGUACUGUGGUCCUGGCGCCAAGCCUCUCUUCAGGAGCAAGGUGACGAAGACAAGUGAGGAAAUGACUCCUUAGGAAUGCAACCAUCUCAACAGGUGCAGAUAGCUGAAAUACUGCCUGAGUGAACGUAUGAAGUGUUAUGGGUUCAUUAAAUGGGUGUGAAUUUUGAUUGUUAUAAGUUUGUUUAUGCAGUUGACACCAAGUAAAUCUCCUAACUAAAUUCCACUUUAUCUCCAGGGCCAUUUCCUCAUAAACGCUUCCACUCUAUUUGACAAGACAAUCCCUCUGUUUGAGCUUGUCAUCCAAUCAGAGUCACUGUUUGAGUUUGUCAUCCAAUCAGAGUCAUCGUUUGAGCUUGUCAUCCAAUCAGAGUCACUGGAUUACCACAAUACACAUGAAAUUGGAGUCAAUCUCCAGUCAUCAUUAUUUAAAAAUGUUACCUCUUACCUGCUGAGCAAGCCUUUUUAUGGUCAUUCGUGGGGGACAUCUGUUAUUACCUUUAGUAGGCUACAUACAUUUAUUUGAAAAAUAUGAAGAAAUUAUAUGAUGACAGGAUUAUAUUCUAAUAGUCUUAUUCUCUUGAUUGUUAAUCUUAUUUGCAGGUUACAAGCAAUGUUUUGAGAGCCAUUAUUUUCAAUAUUUGUGCUUUGAGGACCAAAUACUUUCAACUACAUUGAAUGGAUUUUCUCUGUCUCUUUUACCCAGCCUGUACCUUCUGAUUGUUAGUGAAAUCUUAAUCCUAAAUUGCAUUCCUGCUUUUACAUUUACUUGGGUAUUUGUGAACGCAUGAAUACAUCCUUAAAUUACAUUGAUUAAGGCUUUAGAAUGUAUUUUGAAAUUAUUGAAGUGAAUAUGGUCGGGGUUUAGUAUAUAAAAUAUUAUUUAAGAUUUGCAUAUUUAUUUUUAAAAUAUGUUUGAAUAAAUGUGUGUAUAUGUUUACCAUAAAUUACCAUAUGAACUGUUUCUCUCAAUUUCUCAAGAGUUGGAAGUGAAAUGUAUUGUUUUUUUUUCUGGUUUUUCAAAUUAUUGUAUUGUUUCAGAGUAUUUUAAGGGCUUUAUACUAAUUAUUUGGGUUUUUAUGAUAAUCUGCUGAGUGUGCCUUAAAUUAAUUUUGAUUACACAUUAUGGUCUGCACUUGAAUAUUGUUUUGAUAAUGUGAAUUGGGAGUAAAAGGUAUAUGUUAUUGUAGCUUGAAUCAAAUGUCAAUAAAAAUAUAAAAUAAAUAAGUUACAUCUAAGUAUGCUGACAGGAAGGUUUAAAUGUAGGCUAUUUGUGAAACGAAAGUAUUUUAUGUAAUAAAGUAGCCUAUGCUACGUGGAGGUUG